AUGAACAGGAUUUAUCAGUAUCCUCUGGCCAUGUUUAAUGGAUUAUUGAGCCAGGAUUAUGCAGCCAUACCACUAAAAGCUCUUGUCGAGCUGGAGCAGGCUACCUGCGGCUACGCCGAAUUAUUCAUGUGGACUAAUGAAGGCGAAACUAUCCCAAUGUCACCCUGCGGUCAGGCCUGCUGGCUGGCUGAAGCCGCUCGGAGGGAGGCAAACAAACAGCAUGUAAGAUGUCAAAAAUGUUUAGAGUUUGGACAUUGGACGUAUGAAUGUACAGGGAAGAGAAAAUAUCUGCAUAGACCUUCGAGGACAGCUCAAUUAGCGAAAAUUCUUAAAGAAAAAGAAAAGCGACUAUUACUGCAACAAAGCGCUGGAGAAAGUACUGCAGAAAGGAAGACCAAGAAAAAAAGAUCUAAAAGCGUGACCAGUUCCAGCAGCAGUAGCAGUGCCAGCUCGGCUAGCGAUUCCUCAUCUGACAGUGAAGAUUCUUCUACCUCUUCUUCUUCUGAUGAUAGUGACAGUGAUGAGAGCUCCUCUACUUCCUCAUCUUCUCCAUCCUCGAGUAGCACUUCCUCUUCGUCAGAGUUCGAAUCGGAUUCUAGUUCCUCCAGCAGUAGCAGCAGCAGCAGCACAGACAGUAGUUCUGAUGAUGAGCCACCAAAGAAAAAGAAGAAGAAAUAGCUUGGUGCAGUGUAGAACUGUUGUUUAGUGAAUGAUAACACUCUUCAAAGAUGUUUUGAGCACGUGGUUGCCAAACAGUUUACCUGGUCAACAUUUCUACUGCUAAAACUUUCUAAAUGUUUUGCAUAGUUGUUCAUAGGACAUGAAAGGUAUUAAAUGGCACGUGAGACUUACUGAAAGAGUAUUUUUGUGGUUUAUCCUUUUAUGGAAAAUUUUACUUUUUUAGUUCAAAAAUCUAUCAUCAGAUUUGUUUAUAUGAGCUAAGGUCCAGUAACCUGGAUGUUUACAUGCUGGAAAGCAAAAGCUUUUUGUUGCGGAUCAUGCUGUGCAUCAUAUCCUACUACUCUGUUUAUGACAGCUUCAUUAUAUUGAGAAAAUCCUCUAAAGUAUUAGAAGCAAAAGUAAAAGUUUUACCCUGCUGGCUGUAGAGCACUGUCAUUGUUGAAAUCGAAUGCACAAUGUUGCACACAGAGGGCCUUCCAUCUCACCGUUAACAAAUGUAUUAUAUGCUGCUGAGCUUUUUUUUUCUCAUGGCUUUUCCUGAU